AUGAGCUCCAAGAUCCAUCAGAAUUAUUCUUCUGAAGUGGAAGCUGCGGUCAACCGUGUGGUCAACCUGUAUUUGCGGGCUUCCUACGCCUACCUCUCUCUGGGCUUCUAUUUCAGUUGCAACUAUGUGGUCCUAGAAGGCAUGUGCCACUUCUUCUGUGAGUUGGCAAAGGAGAAGCACAAGGGUGCCCAGCAUCUCUUGAAUAAACAAAAUCAGCGCUCUGCCCAAGAUAAGUGGGGUAGGACCCUGGAAGCCAUGGAAGCUACCGUGGCCCUGGGGAAGAACCUGAACCAGGACCUUCUGCAUACUGUGGGUUUUAGCCGCACAGACAUCCAUCUUUGUAACUAUCAGAGGAGCCAUUUCCUAGAUGAAGAGGUGAAACUCAUCAAGAAGAUGGCGCCCACCUGA